AUGCUGCUUCCCACAGCCCUCCCCAGAGUGUCCUGGAUGUUGCUGACUUGCCUGCUGUUCCUGUCUCAUGUUCAAGGUGAGGACACCCAAAUGGAUAUGGCCUCCCCGAAGAUCAGCUGUCCCAGUGGCUCCAAGGCCUAUGGCUACAACUGCUAUGCUGUCUUCGUGACACCAAAAUCCUGGGUAGAAGCAGAUCUGGCCUGCCAGAAGCGGCCCUCAGGACACCUCGCGUCAGUGCUCAGUGGGCCUGAGGCAUCCUUCGUGUCUUCCCUGAUCCGGAGCACUGUGAACUCCUACAGAUACGUCUGGAUCGGGCUCCACGACCCCACACAGGGCAAUGAACCCAAUGGACAUGGAUGGGAGUGGAGUAGCAGUGAUGUGCUGAAUUACGCUGCCUGGGAGAGAAACCCUUCCACUGCCUCAGACCGAGGUUACUGUGGGAGUCUGUCGCAAAGCUCAGGAUUUCUGAGGUGGAGAGAUUACAAUUGUGAUGUGCAAUUACCCUAUGUCUGCAAGUUCAAGAGCUGAGGCAGGUGGGAAGUCUGCAGCCUGAGUUAAUAUGCAGCUUAUCGAGGGUGUGGGACCUUGAAGACUCACCCAGGAAGGGAUUACUUGCCCCACACCCUCCCAACUAACCGCAUCCUUCUCACUUUUCUUCUUCCAUCCUCCUCACACUU